UUUUGAGGCGCCUGCAUCGCUCUCAACUCUCUCAAGUUCGUUUUCUGAAUCACAAUUCCAUUUCCAUGAAUAAACGCACACAAACAAACUUAUUGCAUAUCCAUAAAAUGAUAAAAUGCUGUAGUUUGUAUUUCUCGGACUACACAUUGCUUCAGUGUAUGUGUGUGUUUUCACACAGCUCACGGUGGCGCUAAUCGGAUCUCCAUAAUCUCCAUUUCAUUCGGUUUUCUGUUCAGAUUUUGUUUCAAUCGCACACAGUUUCUUCAAUCGGAAACGUAUCAAAUCUGUAGUUUCGAGAGAAAACGUAGUGAAAUUGGAAGAGGAAGAAGAAGAAUCCGUCGACGGCGUUAAUCGAAGAAGAAAACAGCGGAGUCUUGUGUGAUAUGAAUGGACGUACAACGAGACGACGCUGUUCCCAGUGACACAUGGAAGAUUCACUCCGACGAUCAUUUAGCCAUUGAAAUUCCUGAAACAGCCCAUAAGAUCAGCAGCGACUCAUGGUUUCAAGCGGGAUUUGUUCUUACGACUGGCAUCAACAGUGCUUAUGUGCUGGGGUACUCAGGUGCAGUCAUGGUUCCUCUUGGUUGGACAGGUGGAGUUGCAGGUUUAAUUUUAGCCACAAUCAUAUCACUAUACGCAAAUGUCCUAAUCGCAAGGCUCCAUGAAUUUGGUGGGAAGAGACAUAUCAGAUACAGAGACCUUGCAGGCUUUGUGUAUGGUCCAAAGGCUUAUGCUCUUACAUGGGUGUUGCAAUAUGUCAAUCUUUUCAUGAUUAAUGUCGGUUAUAUCAUGUUGGCUGGUCAGGCUCUUAAGGCUAUUUAUAUAGUUUUCAGGGAUGACAAUGCGAUUAGGCUCCCGUACUUCAUUGCCAUAGCAGGGUUGACUUGUGGCAUUUUUGCAAUUUCUAUCCCUCAUCUCUCAGCUCUAAGAAUUUGGCUUGGAUUUUCAACAUUCUUCACUCUAGUAUACAUUGUGGUUGCAGUUGCUUUGUCUCUUCGUGAUGGAAUCGAAGCUCCACCAAGGGAUUAUAGCAUUCCGGGUACAGAAACGGGCAAGAUCUUUACCACCAUUGGUGCUUCUGCGAGUCUUGUCUUUGCUUUCAACACAGGAAUGCUCCCGGAAAUACAGGCGACUGUGAGACCACCUGUUGUUAGUAACAUGAUGAAGGCGCUCUACUUUCAGUUUUCUGUAGGAGUUUUGCCACUUUAUGCGGUUGUGUUUAUGGGGUAUUGGGCUUAUGGCAAUGGAGCAUCUUCCUAUUUGCUUAACAAUGUUCAUGGCCCAGUUUGGGUCAAGACAUUUGCCAACUUAUCUGCCUUUUUUCAAUCCGUUAUAGCUUUGCAUGUAAUGUUCUCUAUCUAUUGUUUUUACCCGUUCUAGUUUUAUAACGAGAUUGAACAAGA